AUGGGUCGCUCUCAGGAGCUCAGUGAAUUCAAGUCUGGUACCGUGAUAGGUUGCCACCUGUGCAACAAGUCCAUCCAUCAAAUUUCCUUGCUACUAAAUAUUCCACAGUCAACUGUUAGUGGUAUUAUAACAAAGUAGAAGCAACUGGGAACAACAGCAACUCAGCCACUAAGUGGUAGGCCACGUAAAAUGACAGAGCGGGGUCAACGCAUGCUGAAGCGCAGUUCAGUGAAGGGAGCUCUUACGACAUCAACAUAACAUGACAUUUUGGAUAAUUUCAUGCUCCCAACUUUGUGGGAGCAGUUUGGGGAUGGCCACU